AUGAGCGCCCCGUCCAUCCCGCUGCAGGCCCCGUCAACGCCCGCGCCUGCGCCCGAGCCCACCGAUCUACCCUCGUCACACUCCUUUCUCGACAUUGUGCGCUGCUCUCGCUGCCAGCGAUCGCUCAGCAUCCAGCACACGUCGCCGCCUGCUGCUGGUGUUGUCCAGUUUGGCAUGAACUCGUACUACUGCAGCCGCUGCGCAUCCAUGGUCGGCUUUAACCGCUGA